AGCUGUUUGUGUUGUUCGCAUUUCAGGAUUAUUUAUAAAAUGUACAAACUAUAAAUAGGUAAACUUUCGUAACACACACUUUCUCUACAGUUUCAAGUGAAGUAGCAUCAGAGUGUUUUUGUUUAUAAAAUAUAAAGUAAUACAAAAUGCAUUGCGAUCUAGAGAUGUUUGUGUCCCUAAGGACUUUUUUGUGAUUUUAAUAUUUAUAAAUGGUGCAAUAGUGACACCGGUUUAUCGGUAUACAGAAAUAAAUCUCUGCACACUAUAUACUUGUCCUACAACUCAGUCCAGAUAAGAUAGUAACUCAAUAUUAUUAUUUCUAAUCAGAAACGUGUGACAAGCAAAUUCAUUGAAUACAGUGUUAAAUGUGCUAAUAGAUUUCGGUUAUGCUGUGAAUGUGAAUGAAAUAUUUGCAUAAAAAUGCCGGGAAAAAUAAAGGUGAAGGUUUUAGCGGGUCGGAACCUGCCUGUGAUGGACAGAGCGAGUGACACCACGGAUGCUUUUGUUGAGGUAAAAUUCGGAGGAGUCACCCACAAAACCGAUGUUUGCAGAAAAUCAUUGAACCCUCAAUGGAACAGCACGGAGUGGUACAGGUUUGAGGUAGACGAAUCAGAACUCCAAGAUGAACCACUACAGUUACGACUUAUGGACCACGAUACAUACUCCGCCAAUGACGCGAUUGGUAAAGUGGUGAUCAGUUUAGCGCCUCUGCUGGCGAGGGAGGCGAAUAAUACCAAUGGUAUCACGGGACCUCCGGGAGGUGCAGUAAUGUCAGGCUGGAUACCGGUCUUCGACACGAUGCACGGCAUCCGCGGAGAGCUUAACGUGAUCGUUAAAGUGGAGCUGUUCUCUGACUUCAAUAAGUACAAGACGUCUAGUUGUGGCGUGCAGUUCUUUCAUUGUCCAAUGAUACCACCAGGAUACAGAGUGUCUGCUAUCCACGGGUUCGUAGAGGAGUUAAUAGUUAACGACGACCCUGAGUAUCAGUGGAUAGAUAAGAUCAGAACACCCAGGGCAUCUAAUGAGGCGAGACAGGUCGCUUUCAUCAAACUGAGCAAUCAGGUACAACGUCUAGUGGGUCUCAAAGCGGCAGAGUUAGGUGCUAACGCAGUGGUCGGGUAUCAGCAAGAUUUUGACUUGGAGGGGGAAGCGGGUGUGGUGGCUAGAGCCAUUGGAACGGCUGUCAGCAUCACACCUUUACCCUUACCAAGUCAACCAAUGUCGGUACAACUAACACAACAACAGUUGAAAAAGUACUUGGACAUUUUAGCGACCGAAGACGAUAGUGUCGAUGACCUCAAGGAAUAUUACCAACAUCAUCAAGACGAAUUGCAAAUGAUUGUUAACAUAUUGAACCCUAGAACACCUUCCAUGUUAGAUGAACCAGAAAAUAAUGACGAUGAUGAUAGAACGUUCGAAAUGAUUAGACCUAACCCACAGAGUUAUUACGGAAGCCAAUCCAUCUAUCAAGACUUGGCGACCCAAAGGGGUCUGAAACACAUAUCCGAAGAUCAAUCAGAACUAAACAAACUAUUGAAUCGACAAGAUUCCGACUCAGAUUCAUCAGGUCCAAUUGGAAAAAUAAAAAAGAUGAAAACUAAUCUGUUUUCUAAACGCUUUCGCCGUCGCAAAUCGUCGAAACAAGAUGAUCAAAUAUCGAUAAAAUCGAAUACGUCGGAUACGUCACGUAUAUCGGAGAUAAAGAAUGAGCUGAAGAAGCUAAAGCGAUUGAAUGUCAAGAAAUAUGAUGAAGACGAUGAAGGUAUCAACAUGGCGUCGAUACUCGCUCGAUCAGUGAUGCACGCGCAGACUAGUCUCGCGAGAAUUUCUGAAUCGCAAGAUUCUGAACAUUCUCCAGGAUCGACUAUACGGCGUAUAAGCGAAUCUGAGCCCGUUGCUAAAACAGGUCCAGGUGAAAAUAAAGAUAAAGAAACUGGUGAUCAGAGUGAAAACAAAAUUCCAGAAAUUCAUUGCGCCUCAUUGGAAAAUUUGGCUAAUGUAGGCAAUCCUCAACCCGAGAGGAAGAUAUCCGACUCAUGCCCCACUUCACCUGUCGUUGUGCGAACUGAUAAUCUCCUAAAAUUACCAGGAGACGUGAGCUAUUAUGGUUCAGUUUCGUCUGCAUUAUCAGCUGAGAGUUCAGAUAUGUAUUCUACUUCAGAUGAAGAAGAAGACAGCUAUGGCAUGAAAUCUGACACGAUAAGUUCUGUUGUAAAGUCUGUCUUGAGACAUGACGUGGAUUCCGAGUUCAUAGCACAAAUGGAACGGAAGCUAACAGGUCUAAAUACAUCUUCUUUUGAAAAAGAGGAUAGCAACGUAUCUUCUAACGUAGAAGCACAGGAAAAUAGUCAGAAAGAGAGCCAUGAUGUUGAUGAUCACAGCGCCAUAGAUGACAAGUGUGUAUCAACAAAGUCUCAAAAUCAUCAUCACUUUUUUAAAAUCCCAAAUCCCUUCGCCCAUAGGAAGCUUUCUAGUAGCUUUAGUGCACCUUCAUCGCCAGUCGAUAAGAAAGGCUUCGUGUAUCGCUCCUCAAGGCGGAUAAAGCGACAGCUUUCGAAAAUUUCGAAAAGCAACAUGAUAAAAAGCUUAUCACAUUAUUCCCUGUUGCCGAGGAAGAAACAUCUAGAUCCGAAACCUCCAAUGAGUCAACCUGGAUCUGGUUCCGAUGUUACUUCCCGAGCACCUAGCGAUACCGUGUUGGGAACACAUUUCCUUUCCUACACCGACCUGCUUAAUCUCGAUAAAGAUGCGUUAAAUUGUAAUCGGCUUUGUAAAAGUGACGAAUUCGGGACAUCCAAGGUAUCCAUGUACAUAGGUUCCGAACCCGUUUCCAGGGCGUCAUUGAGUGGUCCUUCGAGCAUUUACAGCAAAGAUGAACAUUUCCGCGAACAGAAAUCGUUUAAGAAAGAGAAGCCAGCGAUAAAACCCGCGGGGUUAGUUCACACGGCGAUGGAGACAAUUUUGAUCGACAAAGUUCAAUCUCUGCUCAUACCGACUAGUCCAGACUUCCAGACGGCCGAGAAAAAGUUCUUCGACGACGUGCACGAAAGAUUGGAAACGGUCGAAGCAGAAAACAAAGCGAAGGAUGCGGCUCACGCAAAAGACAAAAAGGAGAAGAAGUUAAUUCGACAAGACAGCGUCCACUCGACCGCGGAAUCGGUCGGCUCGCUCAAAAUGUCCAAGGAAAGCGCCUCUAACGUCACCGCACGCAAGUUAACCCGCGCGCCGGUCUUGCAGAACUUCCACCCCAUCCUUAGCGGCGCGCACUUAGAGACGAUCCCGUCCCUGCCCGAGAGCGGCGUAGAUAGAUCCGAGAGUCUAGACGUAGAGGGCGUAGAGUCGGACACUAACAGUGCUAGCGUGUGUGGUAACUCGCAUGCGGCGUGCGAUGUUGGCAGGGAUAAGUGUGAGAGGGAGAAGGGCGACAGGGAGAAGGAGCGGGACAAGGACAGAGGGUCUCCGCGUCACGCACGUCACGAGUCGUACGGCGGCCGCGAGCCCGCCCCGCCCGCGCACCCCGCCCCGCCCGCACACCCGCACAGCGCCUCGCUGCACUCCACCUCCACGCCGAUGGGCAUACACCGCCGCUCGUCUGACUCCGACCUUAGUAUCACGCCUAAAGGUAGUUCACUGAACGCGUCUCUCGGUAACACAGGCAGUGGUGGGGGAGCGAUACUGCGUCCGUCUAUGAACAGUAAUAAUUUGGAUAUGUUAGAAUAUCCAUUCCUUACAAUGACUGAAUAUCCGCCUGGCUUUAUUGUACAUAUUGGUGGCACAGUAUGCGCGCGUUCAGUGAAGCUAGUGGACGGCGGCGAGAGCGGGUCGCGCGCGGCGUGGUGGGCGGAGCUGCGCACCGAGCUGCGGGCGCACGCGCGCGCGCUGCGCUGCUCCGCCGUGCUCGCCUACUGCGAGCGGGCGGCCAUACGGGAGGACGUGUGCGUACUGUCAGCCUCCGGAACAGCGGCAGUAAUCAAUUUAGACUGCGAUUUCAACACAGACGAGCCUUAUGUGUCAUUAGUGAACGGAUCGAAAAACACGAUAGAAGAGAGUGAGAACGAGGGCUGCAGUAUCGCGCACGUGCCGUACUCGCCGGGCUCCGGCCCGUACAGAGCUGAGCUGGCCACGUGCGGGGAGUGUCGGCGCGCUCGAGUACCAACAGUACUAUUGGCAACUUGCUCGAAACCAAACCGACUGACUUCGCACGGGAAGGCUGUUACGCUUACUGCUGUUGCUGGCAGAAUACGUAGAGCCCCUCCAGCAGCUGAACCAGGCGCUAGAGACAUCUCCGACCAGCUUCCCUUUUUGGAGUAUGAGCUGCAUAAAUUAUUACUCGCUAAGUUGAGGAUGCAGGGUGCAAAUGCGAUAUUCUCGUUACAAACCCAAAUAGCGAUCGGCGAACGCUGUGUAAUGGCAUUAGCUACGGGCACAGCUGUGCGAUUGGCCGCUUUACCGCCACCAGCACCGCCUAGGAUCAAGGCAACAGAAAAUGACAAGGAUGCUUUGGAGAUACAAAAGGCCCUGUGGGACGCGUUCACAGCAAAUAAGGCAGCUAAUGGUUAUGAUAUAGGUGCAAUAUGCGAGCCGACACGCCCAAACGACGUAGAGAGUGAAGAACCGCCCGCACUCGACCUGUGCGCUGAUAAGGACGCUUGCUUACUAGAACUGGAUGAGGCUGAAGAUGUAGAAACAGCGAAACUAUUAGCGAGUCGGAGAAACAACAUGCAAGUGUAUACAAACUCUCUCAAACCGUCAACAUCGCCAUACGCGCAACCCUAUGCGUUUAUGCAGGUAUGGCGCACACGUCUAGGGUCAGUGGGUUCGAGUGCAGAGCGUCUAGUGUCGUCCGCGUUAAGUGGAGCGGCCUACAAGUUGAGGAGAUUGCAACCAGCUGCUUUGGCCCCGCCUGCUUUUCAAUUGGAUUUGCCUGAGGACGAAAUACAGCUAGUAGUAUCAGGCACAGCCCUACCCCUCCAUGAUCCGUCAAAAUCUGAACACACGAACGGUACAGACAAGGAAGUACAGCAUGAGGACGAUAUCUUCGCGUUGGAUGAGGAACAGCUCGUGAAGAGCCAGGAGACGGCUGAUGAGAGAACUGCUGGACCGAGCGGUCGCGUAUCGCUGAGCACGCUGCCGGCGCUGAGCGGCAGCGUGUGCGCGCGGCGCGUGUGCGCACUGCGGCUGCUGUUCGUGCGCGAGACCACCGGCGUGCGCGAGCUCGGCGGGCUGAGCGGCUUCCUGCACACCUUCACUUGCGAGGUGUUGGCAAUAGUUCGCGCAUAUACAGCUGCGUUGGGCGGGAACGCGCUCACUUCCUUCUACGUCACACACCUCAUGUUGCAGGAUAAUGCGCACAAAAAUCAGGGUCAAUGUCUUCUCUCCGUUGGCGGCGAUGUUGUUCAUAUAACUUACUGACAUGACAUAUCUUAAUUAGGUAUAAAUGUAUUCAAAAACGUUUUUAUUUAUUUAUUAAUAAGUAAAUUAAAUAUUAAGAAAACCUUUAAAACACACGUUAUACAAAUAUACAAGUAGAUAAAAUUUAUCUUUAAAAAUUUAAAUUUCAUAUUGGUAUUCAUUUUCCUCUAAAUUAAAUAAUUAUUUAAAAUAAUGUACCUCGCAAUAUUAUAAUCAGAAAAAUCCUAAGCAAUAAUACUAAUAGCUUUUUAUAUUAAUUUUAAAGUGUUUGGAAUUGUUAAUUUUAUCACAACUGGUUUAGUCAUUUUUAAUAUAACGGUUUUCAGGUUAAAGCUUGCCACUUUUGAUAUAAUAUUAUUAUUGUUUUAAUUUUAUGAAAUAUAUGCGUACUUAUUAAAAUCCCACCCUUAAAACCAAAGCUCUAAGAAUUUAAAAUUAAAAAAAAAUCGUUAAAAUUAUCUGUACGAGCUUUAAUAUAAGUGUUUAUGUGUAAUUUGUUAACAAACAGAUAAACUUAUUUGAAAUUUACAGAAGCAUUAAAAACUUUAAUAAAAUGAAAAUAAUUAACUUUCCAUGUCAACCUAAAAAUAGUUUCUACCUAAUAUUUAAAAUGUGCAUUUUCCAAAUUAAUAAUUUCCAAAUUCCAUUUUCCAAUUUCCAAAUUCCAUUUUGCACGUAAAAUAAAAGCAAUAUGUAUUUAUUGUAUUAUAUAUUAAGUAUUAUCUCUUAUUUAAUAAAAUAUUUCGAUUUUUUCACUUAUUUAAGUGCAUGAAAUGACAACUGCCGUUUGUUUUAAAUGUAGAUAGAUGUAUGUUAUGUAAUUUUUCAGAUGUACUUUUCUAUUGGAAAUAAAUUGGAUGUGAUUA